AUGGACACUGAUGAGACGAUAACCGAUGCGUUCGUGCCGGAUGAGGGUAACAAGGGAAAAGGUAAGGCGAUCAAGGUCAAGUGGAGUUACCAUCGCCAGCAAAUCAGGAGAGGAGAUGCAGGGACCACGCAGAAGAAGUUGUAUAAGCUCACGCUCGGUGCCCGACAAUGGCGACAGGUGGGGAAGCAAUACCUUUCUCAUGUCAUGAGGACGAGCCACGAGGCGGUGGCAAAGAACCGAGAACGGAUGAUCUUCACCAACUCCGCGCGCAGAGAUGAGCUGUGGGAACAGAAUUAUGUAGAUCACCAAGUAGCAUCGACGCAGGCGAUGUUGGAGCACCCGGCGAGUUUUGCAAUGCUGGCUAUGGAGCCUAAGAAGAAGCAAGAGAUCAUCGACGACCUGGAGACCUUCAGCAAGAGCCAAGACUACUAUGCCAAGAUCGGCAAGGCAUGGAAGCGCGGCUACCUUCUCUAUGGUCCACCGGGCACCGGCAAGUCCACCAUGAUCGGAUGCAUGGCCAACUUCCUCAACUACGAUGUCUACGACAUCGACCUCACCGCCGUCAAGGACAACACUGAGCUCCGCCACCUCAUCGUGAACACUGGCAGCAAGUCCAUCAUCGUGAUCGAGGACAUCGACUGUUCCCUCCAUCUCUCUGGCUCCCGAGAAGCAAAAAAGAGCAACCAGGGAAACAAAGAGAGCGUCGACGAGGAGAAGGGUGAUGAGGGGAAGAGCAAAGCGACGUUGUCGGGGCCGUUGAAUUUUAUCGACGGUCAAAAGAAGGUUGAGGGGACGAGCAAAGUGACGCUCUCGGGGCUGUUGAAUUCCAUCGACGGUCUGUGGUCUGCAUGCGGAGGCGAGCGUCUUAUCGUGUUCACGACGAACCACGUGGAGGAACUCGACCCAGCUUUGAUAAGAAGGGGGAGGAUGGACGUACACAUCGAACUUGGCUACUGCGGUUUCGAGGCGUUCAAGGUUCUUGCUAAGAAUUACUUGGAAGUGGAGGAGCACCCGUUGUUCGAGAAGGUGAAGGACCUGCUGGAGAAGGUGAACAUCUCACCGGCGGAGGUUGCGGAGUCGCUGAUGCCCAAGAAUCUACGCGACGAGGACAAGGCAAGCCAGUGUCUGAGGGAUUUGGUUCGAACACUGGACCAAAAAAUACAGGAAGAGGACGGAGGAAAGGGGAAGAAGGAGACGCAAGUGAAGCAGUAGGAAGAGCACUAGAGGCUGCUUAC